GCGACUUGAAUAACUCACAUAGUCACAUGACACCUUACAUUUUUAGGUUUAUCCGAUAAUAUAUGUAUGCGCCACUGCCAAUUCCCACACACUCUUCGUACUCUCCGUCGCAUUUUCCGUCUCCCUCUUUACCUCUCUCCCUAUAUAUAUAUACACGCUGCGUGUGAGUGUGAGUAGAUCCAACCUGUAUUCUACUCUGCGAUUUCCAUUGGAGACAGACAUGGCGGCCGUCGGUGGUGCUUCGUUGAUCUCCCUCCGCUCCCGCCCUCAAGUUUCACCUCAGAACUCGGGAAUGAGGCUAUCUAGCUUGAAAAGAGUUGCAUUUCCCAUUCAGCAGAGAGCUCUGCCAUUCAGCUUCCGCACAAGAGGCCUUCGGAUUUCCUGUGCUGCCAAGCCCGAGACUGUCGACAAAGUUUGCUCUGUAGUUAAGAAACAACUUGCUCUGGGUGACGAUAUCUCUGUGUGUGGGGAAUCCAAGUUUGCAGAACUUGGAGCUGAUUCUCUUGAUACGGUUGAAAUUGUGAUGGGGCUUGAGGAGACUUUCGGCAUAACUGUGGAAGAGGACAAUGCCCAGGCGAUUGUGUCGGUCCAGGAUGCUGCAGAUCUUAUAGAGAAGCUUAUUGAGGAAAAGGACUGCUAGAAUAAUCAGGAGAGGAAGUUAUUUAAAGAUGUGUUUGGUUACUGCUUAGAUAGCUUUACUAGGCUUUGGAGCUUUAGUCUGUCUUGGUUUCUUGAUCAUUGUUUCCUCUAUCUUGUCAAAUUCAGCACAAUAUGACUUCUUCCCAGUGUGGACAUGUUUGUUGAUUUGUUAAGUUUGAUCCUUAGAGUUA